AUGGUUCAUUCGGCCGCGUACUGGCGCGAGCGUUGCAUCGGCGAUUCGUCCACGGAGGAAGAGGAGAACACACCGCCGAACCUGUACCGAGGUGUCGCUGCCGGUGAGAAGGAUGGCUACAGCUCUCCUGGGACUUGCUCUAUCCUGGCGGAUUCGCCUCCGCGACAACCAAAAGAUGAUGAUGCUCGUUCUGUUGCUGAUGAUUUGGAGGAGCCAGCAACUUCGCCACUAGUACGUCCGCCGCGCAGCCUGACAACAUCAUCGCCAGUGAUGCUGGGGGCGCCUUCACCGCCAGUUCCUCGACUAGGGCUGAGAGUUCCCCUUCGAGAGCACCGCUCUUCACGGCAAGGGCGUCGAGCUUCUGCCCACCCAAACCACCGCCGUCAUGGUGAGCGGCGUGAGGCGGCAUCGUUGACGGUGAACCCUCGUGGCCUCAUGCGAACAAGUCCGAUCGCAGCUCAAAAGCCGCGUGCUGCUGUCGCCCGUUCUCGCGAUCGCUUCAUACCUGCAGACUGGCCGUAUCAAGUGGCCAACCUGCGCACUCAGUUUAACCCGACCGGUUUGGUGUGCCCGACGGUGCCCCACUUCGGCUGGUGUGGGUGUUCGAUGCCGUGCCGUGUGGGCACGUGCAGGAACUCGCUGAUGCAGAUGUUCUGCACACCAGGCUGCUGUCCGUACGAUGCCAAGUGUGGUAACGCCUUAGGAGAGUCGUCUUCGGUCUACUUGGCAAGAAACGUUCGCACAAGGCAAUUGGCGGUGGUCGCGGCGGAGGACAUUGAAGCGGGUGAAGUUCUGGGCGAGUACUUGGGCGAGUUGGAGCACUGCCCUGAAAGGCCGAGUCAUCCGAUCCGUGUCGCCAUCAACGCCGCAGGUAUGGGCAGCCUCAUGCGUUUCGUCAACCAUUCGUGUGCGCCGGUGGCGCAGUUCGUCGAGGUGGCGAACGGUCGCCGCACUACCGUUGUCAUCGCUACGACGGAGGACAUUCAGGAAGGAGAGGAAGUCACUGUCGACUACGGGACGGAUCUCUGGUUCGUGUGUCGAUGUGGUCUCGAGACUUGCCGUCACCGCGACAUCCAGAACGAGCGGAACCCGUAG